AUACAUAUAUACACUAGACGCGCUGAUAAACAAUUACGAUUAGGUGUGUGACACACAUACUACAGCUCUUCAUUGGCAGUCGCUCAUAAUCAGAGGUAGCACACCGCACGGUGUCGAUACAUAGUUUAUAAAAAUAAUCGUAACCAUGAGGGCUUGGUGCACAAAGAAAGCUAUAUUUUUCAUAGCUGUAAUGAUUAUUUUACUACUCUUAUACAACGCCGCCAAAACAGUUAAGGACAGCCAUCAAAUUAUUUCAAACCAUGAAAGAGUUUCAAGUAGAAAAAGUGUUGUUGAAUUACAAACAGUAGUAAAUAGUGCAGUGCGUGAAAAUGUGACAAGUAAAGACAAUAUUAAAUAUAUAUUGCAAUGGACAUUACCACAUAAUGUUCCCUUCGUUUAUAUGGGGAAGGGCCAUGAAGGAUUUAUUAGCAGAGGAUGUCCAUUCACCAACUGUUUUGUCACAGCAGAUCGAAAUUACCUCGGUGAUUACACAAAGUUUGAUGUCAUAGCUUUUGCUGGGCCUGAAGUAGUUCGUUAUAACAAGAACCAACUGCCACAGAACAGAUCCCCACAUCAAAAGUAUACGUUUGCAUCUAUUGAAUCUUCAGAUAACUAUCCAGCCUGUUCUAAUUUAUUGAACGGAUUUUUCAAUUGGACAUGGACUUAUAAACUAGAUUCUGAAAUACGGUGGGGAUAUAUGGUCAUCAGAGAUAAAAAUAAAAAUAUCGUUGGUCCGAACAAGGAGAUGCAUUGGUUAAAGUUGGAAGACAUGGAACCAGUCAGUGAAGAUUUUAAACAAAACUUAAGGACUAAGACAAAAGCUGCAGCUUGGUUCGUAUCAAACUGUUACAGCAGAAGCCGAAGAUCGACUGUUGCUAAAAAACUUCACGAAGAAUUGCAAAAUAAAUACAACUUAAGUGUUGAUGUAUUCGGUUCCUGUGGACAAUUCUCAUGUUCACGUGACAAUGAUGAAAAUUGUGAUAAUUUAAUUAAAAAGGACUAUUACUUUUAUUUGUCGUUUGAAAAUUCAUUUAGCGAAGACUACGUUACGGAGAAAUUAGUGCGCGCAUUAAAUUUUAAUGCUGUACCUAUAGUCUACGGUGGAGCUAACUAUACAAGGUUUAUGCCAGAUGGCAUUUACUUAGAUGCUAGAAAGAUGUCAAUUGAGGAAUUAGCAGCAAAAAUGAACGAGUUGAUUAAUGAUCCGGAAAAAUAUGCAGAAUAUUUUAAAUGGAAAAAUCAUUACACGUAUCAUGGGCAGCAUGAAAGCGUGCAUACUUUACCAUAUUGUUUAUUUUGCACUCAAUUGAAUAACGAAGAAAUGGUAAAAAAUACAACGAUUUAUCAAGACUUCAAAAAUUGGUGGACACCGCCUGGCCGGUGCUGAAUAUUGGGUCCUUGUACCACAUUUAAGUUCCUGCCAGACCGAUCGUAUUUGAACGCCAGGGAUAUGGGAGUACCACAAUUGGCUGAGUUGAUAUAUAGCUUGAUUCAGGAACCAAGUGCUUACGCCGAGUUCUUCAGGUGGAGAAAGUACUAUUCGUAUCACAGAACGACGAAGCUCAAGGAGACCAAUGAGUACUGUAAGAUGUGUGAGGCAUUGAACAAUGAGGAAUUAGUGAAAAACUAUUCGACGAUUUUUUCAUUCAGUGAGUUUUGGGAAGUAUAUGAAACGUGUUGAGGGAGCGUGUACAUAUAGUUAAAUAGAUAGUUUUAUUUCGCGUCAAAAUAUGGUCAACAAUAGCAAUGCACAAUGGCAUGGCCUCGACUAAUAUAAUAAAAUGUCAAUUCGUGGUAGAACUGUAUUCGUAGUUCUUUUAUAUGACAGUAAUUUGUACCUCAUUAUUAUAAACUGCAGGUUAAUGACAGUUUAUUUUGAAUGGUACAGUUGUUGAAUAAACAUUUGGUACAAACAUAUUUUUAUACUUUACAAAUAAAAUCAGAUUUUGAAAUUGCAAUGGGAGGCAUUUUAUUUGGUCGUAAAAAUGCAAGAUAUGGCUAUAAGGACUGUUGUGAGUUUGUAAUACAAUUUCAUGGAUCAAGAAUUAAUUGAUGCAUGAAAUCGAAGUAAACAAAUGAUUUUAUCUUGGUUUUGACACUGAAAGUUGGACAUUAAAGGUGAUUUCAGAAGGUUUAUUUUUGUCUUUCAUUCGGUAUCUUUCAUUUAAAAUGAUAUGUCUGAACAUGAUAAUGAAACAAGAGUACAGAAUGAAUUCAUUAGUGAACCGAUCCAACGAUUUUGGAUUUUAGCAUU